AUGCCGCAUCCCUUCAAGGCAUUCAUCUCCUCCUUCUUCACAUGUCCAACAAGAGUCCCGCUAAGAAAGUUCCUGCAAUACGCGCCGCGGUCGGUAGGAGAGGGAGGCCCCGGCAUCAAGAUGAUCCCCGUCCCCAUCGGAGGUAACUAUCCAAUCCGGUAUCCCAUCCCCGUCCAACCCCCCCUGGCUCUGCAACCCUCCAUGUUAGCCCGCACGAUCACCGGCGCAGCCCUGAGGCCCGCAGACCACUUUUGGACCGGGGAUGACGCGGGGAAGCAACGACGAGGUGCCAUCUUCAAGGCCGCCUCUGGUGACAGUUGA